UCACGCUGUAUUUCUGUAGCGCCUUUGGCACAAUUUUCCUCAGAAAUAAUGACGUAUUUAGAGGCAAUACGACUUUUUUUCUCACACUUUCCCCACGUGGGUCUCUCUCUCCGCCAUGGUUUCCUCACAUUAUGUGUAUGCGUCUCUCUGGGUUUUUCGGUUUUUCACAUUGCCGUUAAGGCUUUUCCAACACACGCCGAGGUAUACGAAUAAUGAAAGGCAGAGGAAUUUUGUGAGAAUAUAGUGGUGAAAAUACGUGUGCAGCAGAGUGGCUAUGGUGGCUAAGAGAGAGCGAGGAAAAUUCAAACCGAACGAGACACGAUGCCACGUCCCGACGCAGCCAUCAGCAGACGUUGAAUUUUCCGGUGAGAGCUGUCUCAGUCGAUGUCGAGUCGCUGAAUGGAAAAUGGACAUGUUGCACAAAUCGUGAAUUUUUUAUCACCUUAUCAAACAAAAUAUUAAAGUGCAUUUCCCUCCCCGCCCCGCCCGGAUAUGGUGGUCUUACUGUGAUUGUACCGCGCCCCAGUUACAGUGUUUCUCACCCCCCUCACUCAUCCACAAUUGUGUUUGUUACCACCCUUUUCCACCUACAAUUUUCCCCACAAAUGAAGCCCUAAACUGUGCGAAAGGACUUUUAUUAUUUUUUUCCUCUCGUUUUAUUUUUGCUUAAAUGUGGAAAGUGCAAAAAAAGGCGUGAUUAAGGGGAUAGUUAGUGUGUGUUUGUGUGAGAUGCAAGGAGUUGUGUUAUAGUGAAAUUUUAAGGAAGAAAUAGUUAUGAUAUCUCAAUGCCCAAAUUGAGGGGGCAUAAUUAAUGGAUAAUCCUCGGAAAAUUCGAGGUAGUACACACAACAAAAGGUCAGAGACGGACCCACCUCUUUUGCAGAACAAGAGGAAGAAGCAAAAUAACUAAUAAAAUAAAAUGAGGUGAGACUCGAACAAAUGAAAAAGAAGAAAACUCUGAAUGAGACAAAAACAACAACAAAUAAAACAUAAAAUAAAUAAGAAUAAAUAAAUGAAAAAUAUAUCAAAGUGAAAAGAUGGUGCUUAAGAAGUGUAAAAAAUUGCCUAAAUAGUUGUGUAGUGAUAUAGUGCAAUAUUAUUUGCCUUUUGCCGUGCAAGCCUUUAUUGUGAAAAAAUUCUAAGCGCUUUUGCGUAUACAAAAAAUUAAAUACAUCACCAUCGAAAGCGUGGAGCAAACGGAUUCUCUUAUAGCGGAUAAGUUUAGCAAGUGUGGAAGGGUUCUCGUCCAAUAUGCCAGUGAGACGAGGUCAUGUCGCCCCCAAGACAACCCUCAUUGAGACCAUCAUCCGGAAAUUUGAUACACACAAUCGUAGCUUUCUUGUUGCAAAUGCCCUUCCAGACUCCCAUCAUAUUAUCUUCUGUUCCGAUGGCUUCUGCAAGAUGACGGGCUACACCAGGGCCGAGGUGAUGCAGCGAUCGGCUAGCACUGAUUUUCUCCAUGGACCAAUGACGUCGCAAUUGGCUGUGAAUCUUGUAAGGGAAGCCCUAAUCAAGGGCUUCGAGAAGCACUUUGAAAUACUCUACUACCGAAAAAAUGGAACCAAAUUUCUCUGCUCCGAAGUAAUUGCACCAAUCCGUUCCGAGGCUGACGAUAUUUCCCUCUACAUUAUUAAUUUCGAAGACUUAACAUUGCCACAGCAGAAUGAAUCUCUCGAAACACGGUUUAGCAAAUUCGACAGGGCACGUGCUAGCUUUAGGCAAUCCCUCAAAUUCGGCAGUAUGGGUCUCCGCGACAGAGGCUUGAGACUUGCUGGGUACCUGACUCCUCCAUCGGAUGUUACGCAAGAAGAGGAGGAGAUCCAUGAGAAUGCAUCGCAGCCCAGUCAGAUGACAAAGGGCGACGGUACAUCCGUGUGGAGCCCAAUGUCGACACCAACCCUAAUUAGGACAAAUGAGCUUGUGGGAGACAAGAAGGGCAGCGAGUCCGUUGUGCUGGAGGAGCUGAAAGUCGAUAGUCCCAUGAAGGUGUGUCAUCAGGCGGGCACGAGUAGUGGCGUGAAAAUGCCGUGCCACGGACCGCAGAGAGCCAUUUAUCAGAUUGAAUCGAUAUCAUUCCAGAGGGUGGCACCCGAUUCGCGAAUAAGGACUGAUGCGGGGCAGACCAAGAGUUGGGACUUUGAGGCUCAACAUGAUAAAUAUCCUGACCAAAAACUAAUCCAGGUCUAUGAAAGUAACCUAAAGAACUGUCGCGGCCUCAUUGAGAAGCGAGCGCACACAAUCGACGACUUUAUGAAAGGCACAACGGGACACUCAUCGAGGCAAUAUUUUCCCUAUGUGUCGUCCGAGAGUGAUUUGCAGCGCUACAAAGCAAUCUCCUUUCGGCACAGCUCAUGCCAUGAGCCACGUUCAAGUUCCUCCCUGUCCAACGUGCCUUCCGAUGUGAAAUCAGACAGAGUUAAGGAUAAUGGGUCAGCGAAUUAUUUUCAAGGAACACGCCAUACAUCACCGAAUAUGGGGGAGAAAGUUGCUCAGGUAUUAUCCUUGGGCGCUGAUGUCCUGCCCGAAUACAAACUACAGAGUCCACGAAUACACAAGUGGACCAUCCUGCACUACUCCCCCUUUAAGGCGGUAUGGGACUGGAUUAUCUUGAUUCUUGUUGUAUAUACGGCCAUUUUUACGCCAUACGUUGCAGCAUUUUUACUCAGUGAGCCUGACUUCAAUCAGAGACGCAAUCGUAAAUAUGCUGACGACCCCAUUGUGAUAAUUGAUUUAAUAGUGGAUGUUACAUUUGUGAUAGAUAUUUUAAUAAAUUUUCGCACAACAUUUGUUAAUGGUCAGGACGAGGUUGUUUCUCAUCCUGGCCGAAUAGCUGUGCACUACUUAAGUGGGUGGUUUCUCAUCGAUUUAGUAGCGGCAAUACCAUUUGACCUCCUACUGGUCGGAAGUGAUACCGAUGAGCUGGGCUUGGAUAAAGACGAGACCACAACCCUCAUUGGACUACUGAAGACUGCCCGUCUCCUUCGGCUUGUGCGAGUAGCAAGGAAGAUCGAUAGAUACUCAGAAUAUGGAGCUGCUGUAUUAGUCCUUCUAAUGGCGACAUUUGCUCUCAUUGCCCACUGGUUGGCUUGCAUUUGGUAUGCAAUUGGAAAUGCUGAGAGACCAAUUUUAAAGGCAAAAAUUGGAUGGUUAGAUUCCCUAGCGAGUGAUAGUCAAGAAUAUUAUUUUCCCAAUGGCACGGGAGGUCCUUCAAUUAAGUCACGCUACGUUACAGCGCUAUAUUUUACAUUUACAUCCCUAACUUCUGUUGGCUUUGGAAAUGUUGCACCCAAUACAGAUGCUGAGAAAAUCUUCACAAUUUGCGUUAUGCUCGUUGGAUCUCUCAUGUAUGCAAGUAUCUUCGGUAAUGUUUCGGCCAUUAUACAGCGACUGUACUCUGGCACAGCACGGUAUCAUACUCAGAUGCUCCGUGUGCGAGAAUUUAUUCGUUUUCAUCAGAUACCAAAUCCCCUGCGACAGCGUCUACAGGAAUAUUUUCAGCAUGCAUGGGCGUAUACAAAUGGUAUAGAUAUGAAUUCUGUACUAAAAGGCUUCCCUGAAUGUCUCCAAGCAGACAUUUGUCUCCAUCUCAAUCGGAAUCUCCUCACAAGUUGCUCCGCCUUCGAGGGAGCCAGCCCCGGGUGCUUGAGGGCUCUUUCGCUUAAAUUCAAAACAACCCACGCUCCCCCGGGUGAUACUCUCGUGCACAAGGGUGAUGUUCUUACAUCCCUCUACUUUAUUGCAAGAGGUUCCAUCGAGAUUCUCAAAGAUGACGUCGUAAUGGCAAUUCUCAGCAAAGAUGACAUCUUUGGUGAAAAUCCCUGCAUCUACACAACUUUAGGGAAAUCCAAUAGCAACGUUCGUGCCCUCACGUAUUGUGACUUGCACAAAAUACAUCGAGAAGACCUCUUGGAUGUUCUUGAUUUGUAUCCAGAAUUCUACGAAAGCUUCAUCAAUAAUCUCGAAAUAACCUACAAUAUGCGCGAUGAUGAACAGAGUGGUGUAGAGUUAAGACAUAGGUAUUUGCGAUCGUCCGGCCAAGAUAGAGAGCGAAAUAGUGAAACUAGAUCAUAUAGGAUAGCUAAUCUUCAAACGUUACCGCAGAGUAGACAUGAUAUGGGACAAGAUAGAGUGUCGGUUAGUCAGAUGAGUGAUAACGAUGUGGACUUCACAGCAGAUGAAUGUCGUCGUCAACAGUACAGCAUAUCAGGGAUGUUUACACACAUUAAGAGAAGUAUCCCCGAUCUGAGAUCCAUUAAGCAUCAACCGUUAGAAAAUAUUGAGAGUCCCAAACAUACAGCAAGUCACAAGCAUAGCCCGACAGUUCAAUCCCUGAAAGGAGCAACCACACUGUCGGCUGUUACGGGAUCCGCAGCAGCGGACACGGUGACACUGAGUGCCGUGGCGUCCAAGUUGUGUACGUGUGGUGUCACGAAGGAAGAGGACAAGGGGGAGACGACGGUGUCACAGGAAACGGUGAAGCCACAGACGUCAACGACGGAUGUCUCGAGUUUGGCAAAUCAGCUCAAUGAGAUCACACAGCGAAUAGAUGGACUUGAGACGACACUGCGAAAGGAUGUACGUACCAUCCUGGAUAUCUUGCAUCAGCAGCAGCAGAUACAGAUGCAAAUACAGCUGCAACAGCAACAAUCAGCCACCAAACAGGCCAUGACCACAUCAUACCAGCCGUCCGAGAGUGAUUUCUCCUUUGAUAUGUGCACGGCGGCCGAUAAGGCGUCCGCUGCCAGUCAGACGCCCCGGGGUAAUGUCCAGCGGUCCGUGUCGCAACCCGAGUGCGCCAAUGAGAAAAGCCUUUUCAAGUGCUCAAAGUUUUCAUCCUUCAACCAAACAAUGGAGGAUGCGGACAACUGGACAGUCUUUGCACCAAUCGCCAAGCUCGAGUCCUUGGAUGAAAUUGAUCAAGAUAGCAAACAUUCCAAUCAAGAUAAAUCACAAUAGUAGUACGUAAAGGACAUUUUUGUCAACUUCUUCAGCCUAAAUAGAAAAAAAAAGAAUCUUUGCACAUUUUAUCUUAAUGAAAAAAAAUCUGCCGAGUUAUUUUUUCUGCAAUAUGUGUGCUUUGUGAGAUUUUCUCCGUGGUGGAUGUAACAAAAAAAUAAAUUUCCCAUCACUGCCUUUUGAAAGAAGAAAAUUGUAUGGAAAAUAUGUGGAGGAAGUCUCAUUUGCCGAACAAAAAAAAAGCGCCAGCAGUGUUAGUAUAAAUGCAGCAAAAUUCGCUCAAUUUAUAGUGAAAGAACAAAGCAAAAAAAUCGAAUGAAUGAGAUUUAAUUGAAAUUUUCAAAAAAAAAAAACGUACCUUGAGAAGCAAAGAAAAAGACAAUUGAGAUUCAUUAUUUUAAUUGUACUUUAAUUGUUUUAAAAAAAAAUCCCUUUUUCGCUGGAAGACAUCGUGAGGUUGACAUGAGUGAUGAAAAAAAAAUGUGGAUAUACUCGCAAAUUUUAGGAAAAAAAAUCUUUUAAAAUUUAUUAUUAUUAUUGUAAAAAAUUCUUAAUCAGCAGCAAUGUAAAGAAGAAAAAAUCAGAGAUCUCGAGAUUGUAGAUUUAGUGUAUUUAGGCGUCCGAAUAAUUAAUUUGCUGGCUUCGAAAAUUGAAUAUCUUGAGCCAAAAAAAUGCGAUAAAAUCAUAAUCUCAUGCCACGCGUGGACUAAAAGUCUGUAAGAUUAAGACAGUAUACAUAUAGUUAAUUCAUCCAUUAAAUAAUUUUCUCCUGGAAUUGAGAAGAAAUUUAUCUCAAUUGAUAUUUUACCUCCUUCGCCUUCCUCCGCCCCAAAAUAAGAGUCCAUUUUAACAUAAAUUUGACCACAAAAUCUUAUUAAGCAACAUAUUUUCACUCUAAUCUAAAAACAUAAACAUACACAAAAUAGAAAAGCUGUACGUGACAAGAAAGCUCCCAAUGGGAUUUAUGCUUAAACCUCGUUAGAUAAAAUAUAAACUUAAUUUACUAUGAGAGAGAGCCAAAGAUAAUUUCUCCAUAAAUUGCCGACUAAUUUUCCCUUCGUUCCCCUCUUCCAACGUUCUAAUAUCUGUAGCUGUUUUUAGUUAAUAUUUAUUGCUUUAAAUUUCAUAAUCUCCAAUACAAAUUUUAUCUUCUCCUAAUUUAUCUUUCAAAGAAAGAACAAAACGAUGCGAAAAAUUAAUGAAUUUUUAAUAUUUCCAAAAAACAAAUAAUAAAAAUAAUUCGAAUUCUGCUUUAGAUGAUAAAAAAAUAUGUAAAUAGUGAUAGUAUAAUUUACAUUUUUAUUGCAAAUUCAUUUAAAUUUCAUAUAAUGAGGCCUUUUAGAAUGUAAAAAAAAAGAAACAAAAUAAUAUGAGAAAGAAUCGAUAGGGAAGAAUUCUCAUUUGCAAAUAAAAAUUCAUCCAGCAAUGUUCAUAUUGAAAAAAAAAGCAGCAGCAGCAUUACAAUUUAUGAGAAUAAAUAAAUAAAUUAAUGGUUUCACGUAGCGAGUGUCGAUGAUAUAUUCGGCAUAGUUUUUAAAUUUUUAAACAAAAAGAUUUAUUUCAAAUCUUAGCCUUUUAAUAAUAAUAAAAAAUAAAUAAUAUUUAUAGAAGUUUGUGCAACAUCCUUAAUUUUUUUAUAUUUUAUUUUUAGAUCAAAACGAAAUUCCCUAUAUAGCAAUAGAACAGCUUAAAUUCUUUCUUUAUUUUAUUAACAAAUUUAUUAUGUCGCCUAAAGAAUUCUUUCCCAUUUAGUAAAUUCGCUUAGUUAGAGAGAAAAAAGAAAACAUUUUCUCAUUUCAAAGCUGCUUUAAAAUACGAUCCCUUUCAUAUAAAAAAAAAUUGCGGUGCAAAAGAGAAGGAAAACCACUAGAAUUUGCCUCAAUGUAUUUUAUAACGUAAAAAAAAUUAAGAAACAAAGUGCGAGAAGAUUUAGAUAUUUGUGGUAAAAAAAAAUAUCAGCAGGAGUAUCAAAGAAUCGAAUGCCAUGUGUAUAAAAAAAUAUUUGUAAUUUUAUGCUUCACUGCAUCAAUUAAUAAAUAAAAUUAAAUUUAAUAAAAAAAAAUACAUUUCAAUGAUCAAUUUACCACAAAUUUUGUAAAUAAACAUUUGCGAUAUACCAAAGAAAUGAUAAAAUUUCAACAAUAAACAAUUUUCCAAAGUAAAAUGUAAGGAAAACAUUAUAGGAAGAAAAGUAUUUUGAAUGGAUGAAACAUCAAGGAAAUUGUUGAAAAAAAUAUUCUUGUUGCUACAUUUAAAUAAUAACAAAAAUACAAAAAAAAGACAAUUUGUGGAAUGGUUAGAGGAUGAAUUUUGAGAGAAUGCGAGUGCACAAAAAAAAUUGUCACACGCUUCAUUUUGGGGAAAGAGUUGAAAGGAAAAGAACAAAAGAAAAUUUAAAAGAAUUCAUUAUGAAUGCGAGAAAGUUUUUAAUAAAAAAAAUGUGAAAAUAAAAGAAA